GAGGACCAAUAUUUUAGUGAGUUUAUUUUAGGUUAUAUGACAUGAGUGAGAUGCAAGAGGAAGACGGUGGUAGAUGAAUCAAACGGCUGGUAGGGUUUGUUUGAAGUCUGAAAUGAAGAAUGAAACCCAACCAACCCAUAUAGCGAGUGAAAGGAAUAUCGAAAGCGAGAGAGAAGAAGAAUGUCUUCGAACACAAAAGCACAAACCCUUACUGCUUCUUCUUCUUCAGUCUCAUCACCGCCCAUUCAUAAUAAUCACGGCGGUGUGUUUGGUGAUGUCUACAGUAACAUCCUCAAAGAUAUCGACCUUCUUCCAAACACUAACUUCCAAUUCCAACUCCCACACCAAGCACAGGAUUUUUUGGAUAGGAGAGAGGUUCGUGAGUUUAUGAGUGGUGCCCUAGCUGGUGCUAUGACUAAAGCUAUUCUUGCUCCUCUUGAAACCAUCAGGACAAGAAUGGUAGUUGGCGUUGGAUCCAAAAAUAUCACAGGUAGUUUUGUUCAGGUUGUAGAGCAGCAGGGAUGGCAAGGAUUGUGGGCUGGAAACAUGAUCAAUAUGAUUCGCAUUGUUCCAACACAAGCCAUUGAGUUUGGCACAUUUGAGUGGACAAAACGGACAAUGUCAUCACUACAAGACAAAUGGAAAAAGAAUCAAUGUCCUAAGUUGCAGAUAGGUUGCAUCGAUUUCAACUUAUCUUUAUCUUGGAUUUCACCAACAGCUGUGGCUGGGGCAGCUGCAGGAGUUGCUAGCACACUUGUAUGCCAUCCCCUCGAAGUUUUGAAGGAUCGGUUAACUAUAAGUCCUGAAAUAUACCCUAAUUUGGGCGCUGCAAUUAGAAAUAUUUAUAGAGACGGUGGUAUUGGCGCUUUUUAUGCUGGCUUAUCACCUACUCUGGUUGGCAUGCUUCCAUACAGUACCUGUUAUUAUUUCAUGUAUGACACAAUAAAGAAAUCUUACUGCCUGGCCAAAAAUAAAAAGUCUUUAAAUCGUCCAGAGAUGCUUAUGAUUGGAGCUCUAUCAGGUUUUACUGCCAGUACAAUCAGCUUUCCAUUGGAGGUAGCUAGAAAGCGCCUGAUGGUGGGAGCUUUGCAAGGUAAGUGCCCACCAAACAUGGUAGCGGCAUUGUCGGAAGUUAUUAGAGAAGAAGGUCUGAAGGGUCUGUACAGAGGGUGGGGUGCAAGCUGUUUAAAGGUAAUGCCAUCCUCUGGAAUCACCUGGAUGUUUUAUGAAGCAUGGAAAGACAUACUGCUUGUCCAGAAGGGUAUUUCCUUAUAGUCUUGAUAAUGAUCACUGGUUUUGCACCUCUACAAGUCAUGCUAAUUAACCCCAGUUUUCACUUUUUGAGUUUGUGACUUUAUAAACAAAUUGGAUGACCGUUUCUCAUGACAUUGGUCACUCCUACUAACCAGUUAGUUAGCCUAGCUUGUAAUUUUGAGGUUUCAAUUUUGUUUCGGGAUGUUCUCAUCAAAAGAUAGGAUGAAUUGGGAAGAGUUUUAUGUGCUUCUGUAUUUUUCCAUCAUAACUACAAUGUGUAAUCUAAUUAUAUCGGUUGAUGUCACCAUAAAGGGUCAGUUUGUUA